AUGGCGACGUGGUGUUGCCCCGGUGAAUCCCUGGCUGUUCUUACUUCGUGUGAAAGUAGCCCUGUGGGUAGUUUGGAGGAUUAUGAAGAAACAGUAAAGAAGGCUAAAGAGGCAUGGAAGGUCUGGGCUGAUAUCCCUGCACCUAAACGUGGAGAAAUUGUGCGACAAAUUGGGGAUGCUCUGAGACAAAAAAUCAAAGUUCUGGGAAGCUUGGUUUCUUUGGAGAUGGGAAAGAUUUUUGUCGAGGGUGUUGGGGAAGUGCAGGAAUAUGUUGAUGUCUGUGACUAUGCUGUUGGUUUGUCCCGAAUGAUUGGUGGACCUAUUUUGCCAUCAGAAAGACCUGGUCACGCCCUUAUAGAGCAGUGGAAUCCUGUUGGGUUAGUAGGAAUCAUCACAGCCUUUAACUUCCCUGUGGCGGUGUAUGGGUGGAACAGUGCAAUUGCAAUGAUCUGUGGAAAUGCUUGCCUCUGGAAGGGUGCUCCUACAACAUCUCUCGUUAGUGUUGCUGUUACAAAGAUAAUUGCCCAAGUCUUGGAGGAUAACAAAGUGCCUGGAGCAAUCUGUUCUCUGGUUUGUGGCGGUGCAGACAUUGGGACAGCUAUGGCGAAAGAUGAGAGAAUGGACCUCUUGUCCUUCACUGGCAGCACCAAAGUGGGCAAGCAGGUAGCGCUCAUGGUUCAGGAGAGGUUUGGUCGAAGCCUGCUGGAACUUGGAGGAAACAAUGCCAUUAUUGUGUUUGAAGAUGCAGAUCUGAGCUUGGUCAUCCCAUCUGCUCUGUUUGCUGCUGUGGGAACAGCAGGUCAGAGGUGCACAACUGCUAGAAGGCUGUUCCUCCAUGAAAGUAUCCAUGAUGAGGUGGUGGCAAAGCUUGCUAAAGCCUAUGCCCAGGUCCGCAUCGGUGAUCCAUGGGAUUCUGACACUCUGUACGGGCCUCUUCAUACCAAAGAAGCAGUGAAAAUGUUCCUUGAUGCAGUGGAACAAGCGAAACAACAGGGUGGUUCUGUGGUCUAUGGUGGAAAGGUUAUAAAUCGCCCUGGAAACUAUGUUGAACCAACCAUUGUGACUGGCCUUCCUCAUAAUGCACCUGUUGUUCACACUGAGACAUUUGCUCCCAUACUGUACGUGCUGAAAUUUAAGGAGGAAGAGGAGGUUUUUGCCUGGAAUAAUGAAGUGAAGCAAGGUCUUUCCAGCAGUAUCUUUACCAAGGAUUUGGGAAGGAUUUUCCGCUGGCUUGGGCCAAAAGGAUCUGACUGUGGCAUUGUGAAUGUCAACAUCCCAACUAGUGGGGCUGAGAUUGGAGGUGCUUUUGGUGGUGAAAAGCACACUGGUGGGGGAAGAGAAUCUGGAAGUGAUUCAUGGAAGCUUUAUAUGAGACGGUCUACUUGUACAAUCAACUACAGCAAGGAUUUACCUUUGGCUCAAGGAAUCAAGUUUCAGUAACAGCCUUAUGAACGGCCAUGCUAUGAACUCUCCUAGCAUUUCAGAACCAAGCACUUUUUAAGCCUUGUGGUGAAGAAAAUUAGUUACCUACACUUAUCUACAGUAAGGAUACUAAUUCUGUCAAAAAAAAUCAGCUACUCUAAAAUUGCUUCACUUUCAAUGUAUGAAAUUACUACUUCAGUUUUUUCAUGAAAAGUAUGUGAUCUGUGGGAGAAAGG